CUAAAUCAGCGCAUUGUGUAGGUCGGUUGUCGCGUGUUGAGGCCGGGCUUGCACGCGUACGACGAACGACCGGCUGUCUUGUCGCUGUCGAUUAUACCCCUCAGCAAGUUGGCUUAUGCUGUCGUCAUGACUCGCCAGAUACUACUGCUUCUUCUGCUCCUAUGUCCAUCUCUCGCAAUGGCCGGCCUCCCACUCGUCGACUUCAACCGCAUGGGCCAGGUCGGUCUUGCAGGUGCAUUCGCUGGUCUCGACUUUUUUCAAAACUCUUCCUCCUCCCUUACAUUCGAUCCUUCCACUUCGUCUCUCCUUUCAAGAAAUAAUAGCGGCUCCCUCUUCUACAUCGCUUCCACGAACCCGGGAGGCACCAUCCAAGCUGGCUGCGCUUUGGGAGACACCUAUUUCGUUGCGGGCAGCUUCACCUCCAUCGGCGGAGCUUCUGCCAUCAAUGUUGCAUCUUAUGAACCUUCCAGUAAUGCAUUCUCGUCUCUGGACCCCAACGGGCCCAAUGGAGAAGUUAAUGCCAUAUACUGUGACGCCUCGCAGAACAACGUGUGGGUCGGAGGCAAGUUCACAUCUCCCGCCUCGGCUGUAGCCAUCUGGAACACGCAGUCCAAGUCAUGGACUGCGUCACCGUUCGGCGGUCUGUCGGGGGCCGGCGCGCAAGUCCUGUCCAUUGCUACGAACUCCUCUCAGUCAAGCCUGUUCUUCUCUGGCUCCUUCAUCACUGCCUUUGGGAACGGUUCGCUAGUGCUUAACGGGAGCAACAAUCCCAAUGUUCCCUUCUCCGCCGGCGCCACCCCAUUCUCCUCAUCUCUUGUUCCCGUUCCUUUGGGCGAUGCUCAAAUAGAGGCACUGCCGUCGAGUACCCAAGCCGGUUUCAACAACAUCGACAACGUCCUGUGCCCAGCAGGCGCAGAUGGGCCAGGAAACAGCUGGUUUGCUCAAGACGGCACUGGGGCUGUGGUUACCGUUCGGAAGUUUACCUUCCUGAGUGCUAGCGGAAUCCGCAUUGGCAAUACCUUCCAGCAAGGUCGUGGUACCACUGGUUUCAGUGUAACAACGAUCCCAGACAACACAGUCAGGGAACUUCAAUACCUCGACCCUUCGACCGGCAUAAAUCAGACCUGCUCCGGUCCUUGCCCGCUCCUCACUGAUCCCUCGAUCCCGUACCAAGACUUCCUGUUUACCGACGGGUCGCUAGACAUCACCGGCUUCCAACUCACGAUCUCCGAAUGGACCGGCCUUGGUGCCGGUCUCCACAUCCUACAAAUCCUAUCGUCCGGGGCGUUCGCGUCGUCCAUUCCAAGUGACAAUGCUCAGUCAUGUUUUGCUCCCAGCGCUUCCAACGCUACUCGCACGGGCAACUGGGUUGAGAAGGACGCGGCAACCACCAUCGCUGGCACAACGCAGGAAGUGUUAGUUUCAGACGUUAACGUUGGCACUCCUGCAAACCAGGGUCCCACGUUCACCUGGAUGCCGUAUGUAUCUGCAUCAGGGAUCUACGAUGUGAACCUACUCGUCCCUGGCUGCACGGACCUCCAAGACUGCGCGAUGCGCACGUCGGUCACGGUUACUGUGUUCCCAGGUGGCGGCCAGGCGCCGAGCGUCCAGACGAUAUCACAACAGAACACCGAGGACCAGAACUUCACGGUUUAUAGUGGACCUGUUGUCCCGACCUCUAACAGCUUCUCGAUGACUGUGAACAUGCAGCUUGCGGAUCAGCCUAUUGGCGACGGACAGAACGGCCAAUACGAACUUGUAGCGGACAGGGUGCAGCUCGUGCUGAGGAGCGCGAACGUUACGGGCACGACCUCUGUAGGUCCACCUUCUGGGAAUAGUUCUGGAGAGGGUCUUGCUACCGGUUUUGGAUUUUUCGAAUGGCCGUUGGCCAACAGCUCCUCGGUCAACGCGAGCGGUAUCCUACCGAACUCGUCCAUGACGCUCCUGGACGUUGUCGCGUUCGACUUGUUUAACGCGAUCGGCUCAAGUGACGCUCAGUCCUCGCAAAUGUCUAUUCGGACUGUAACACAGCACCCGUCAGGCGCGCUCUUCCUCGGCGGCCAGUUCAAUCUCUCCUCUGGCAGCGCCUCCGGUGCUUCCAACAUCAUCUCGUAUAAUGGCGGUCAGCUGAGCGCUCUUUCGGGCACCGGUCUCAACGGACCUGUUUUCUCACUCGUCGCGCAUGACAACACCUUGUUCGUCGGCGGAUCUUUUAGCGAUACGUCUUCGUCGUCGACUCAAGGCAAGCUCCGGAGUGUAGCUGCCUACGAUGUCCAAGCGAACCAAUGGGCUCCACUACAGGCUGGUCUUGAUGGGGCCGUGGAGUCGUUGGCAAUCGACGAGGAUGGACUGCUCCUUGUUGCUGGCAAUUUCAGCAAUAUCAUUGGUGGCGAUCCCGCCUCCGGCUUUGCCAUGUGGAACACGACCAGCAACAGCUGGGCGAACUCCGGUGGAUUCUUAGCGGGCAAGAUGACAUUCGUCGGUAAUGGUACGACGCCAGCGAAAGGACAGAGUCAAGGGCAGAUGCUCGCGGGCAACGUCGCCGCUGCUUUGAAGUUCGGGGCUUCUGGCUUCGUGACGCUGCAAAAUGGUGACAGCGCCAGUACCAACGGUGUUCCGCAGGUGACCCCGCUCAAUGUGCAGCUAGAUAACCCCGGAUCCCCCAAUAGCACCUCUGUCGCCGUGGCAAAGCUAAAGAGGCACCAUAGCGCGAGUCACUCGUCCUCCGUCAUCGCCUGGAUUCCUCGCAUCACCGCACUUUUCAAGAGGCAAAGUACCAUAGACGCCGCGCUUACACCUCUUCCCUCCACGGCCCCCGCUAUUGCACCGGCCAUUUUGACCGGGGCAUACUGGACCAACACAAGCUCCUCGCGCGAAGUAGUCAUUCUUGGCGGCAACUUCUCAUUCAUAUCCAACUCGGGCGGAACGUCACAGAACAUUGCGAUAUAUGAUCCUGUUACGGCGGCGAUCUCCGCUCUGGAGGGCAACGCACUGAAUGGUUCUGUUCGCACAGUCCUCGUGGUGAACGACGAGCUGUACAUCGGUGGCGAGUUCACCGUGCAGGGCACCGUGUUCGACGGCUUCGCAGCUUACGACCUUGCGCUUGAGCAGUGGGAUACCGUUGGGGCUGAGGCGCUCCAGAACUCGGGCUCAACCGUCGUUGUGCGUUCGACUACGCAGAGCCCGUCGCAGGCGAACACGCUCAUUGUCGCAGGCAGCUUUGCGCAGGCGGGCGAAACUCCGUGCCGAGCGGUGUGUGCUUAUAACACGCAGAGCAGAACAUGGAGCGCUCUAGGUAACGGGGUACAGGGUGAGGUUGCGGCUGUUGGAUACGCCGGGGACAACCUGGAUACUAUCGUUAUCGCUGGCUCGCUUGCUCUUGCGGAUGGCACCCCUUCCAACGUCGCGGAAUUCGCGAUCUCCAAUGACACCUGGUCUGCAGUAGGCUCGUCGAGUGACUUGCCUGGACCUGUUACCGCAAUGGGGGUGAACGACGGCAACUCGAGCAGUAUUUUUGCUGCUGGACAAUCCACGGAUGGUUCAGUGUCGUUCCUGUCCUUCUGGAACGGGAAGUCUUGGAACGAUGUUGGUUAUCCUGCAGGGUCCAGUUUCGAUAAAACUACCGAUUUUUCGCAGCUUGUGAUGGUUCCUCUGCAGGACACCCACCCCGCCAACGGCAUUGUAGAGCCUGAUCGUAUGUUAUGGAUAUCCGGUUCGCUUUCCGACCCAAGCUUUGGCAACGCCUCGUCUGCAUUGUUCGAUGGACAACAAAUCAUCCCGUAUAUUGUAUCCACGAGUUCCUCUGGGACUCCUGGUAUCGUGGCCUCUUUGUUCUACUCUUUCUCAACAUUCAGCUUCACGCAGCGUCACUUCUUGGCUACUGGGAUUGUCAUUCUCAUCUCCAUCGCCAUAGCCGCUGGCGUUGUCUUCCUUCUCUGCUUAAUCGGCAUUCUUUGGACGCUGUUCUCGCGCAAGGAUGAUAGCUCGAAGUUCGACCCAAACGAAGUCGAAGAUGACGAUUCGACCACGCAUCGCCCAUCCUCACUCCUUGAGCACAUCAAUGCCGCCGCUCGCAACACUAUUAUCGGCGCAAGCCCGUACCCACAGCACAACGACGGCGAGAAAGACGUCGCAGGCGCGACGACGUCUGAUCCCUUCGGUCCUGAUGCGAGCAAUUUUGCGCGUGCGGAAACGCCAAGUGACGCCAUCGGCGGCAUCAUGGGCGGCGAAGAAGCAAGUCGACCUGCGCAUGCACGAUACUCAUUUGAUGGAGCGGGAGAGGGCGAGCUCCCAGUGACCGCCGGACAGGAGAUAGAGAUACUUGAUGACCGUGAUACUGCGUGGUGGUACGCACGAGAUACCAGGACAGGUAGAGAAGGCGUCGUCCCCGCGGCAUAUAUUUAUUAGAGCGGACCGGUCUUUGUCCUUAUUCGAGUCCUCUGAUCUGUUCACCGCGUUGAGCUACUCUUCAUGCUAUCGUAUUUCUAUUCUAUACCACCCCUUUUCAUGUACGAGGUUGACCUUCAGACCCUUCUCUCCUUUCCCGUACAUGGCAUGAAACUCUGUCACACUAAGUUACUGCCGUUCUUUAUUGUUAAUCGACACAUAUGGAGACUGGCACAUGCAAGCUGGAUGUAGACUUAGACAUGAACACAAAAUAAUGAGGAUAUACAUGUGUUCAACAAGAUUACUGGAAGGGAAAGUCAAUGAUGUGUAUGACGAUAAGGCUGAGGGACAUACCUGGAGCAGUGGGUCUCGAAAGUGCUUCUGGCUGUUGUGAAUAAAGGCAACCUUAGUUUUGAAGUGCUCCCGCCGUUGCUGAUCACGGAACUCCCUAAUGUGCCUGCCGGCUUCACGAGCCUCGCCACGGUUGCGAGCCUUGACUACGUCUGUACCAGCGCCAAACGCGCCAAAGCCACCCUUCCUUGAUACCAGCGCAGAAUUCUUGUCAUUGAUAAGCUUGCGAACAAGUGCGCGACCUGAGUUCGGAUCUUCUGGCUUGGUACGUAUCGGGUGGAAUGAUUGUGCAUAAUACCUCUUCAUGCUGCGGUGGCCUAUCCGCGCGCCCGAGGGCAAUACGAGCUCAAAGUGCGAGUCGCCGUAGGUAAUCUGGUUGUCAGGCAGGCCAUCUUCGUCAGAUGUGUCGUCCUCAUCCGCAGACAUUUCUUCCUCGACAAUUUCGUCUGCAUCCUCAUCCUCGUCCUCGUCCAUGUCCUCCCACUCCGCGUCUGCUUCAUCCUCGACCUUUGGCUGGGCAGACUUCUUGAUCUUCUUCCGCAUCUGCGCAUUCGGAUAAGAUGUCGUGAAGUCGUAGAAAUCGGAGAGCUCUAGCCGCUCCGCCUCAGAGUCGUAUGCAAUCUUGCAGUGGCCCUUGUCGAGCAUAUGCUUGCGUACUGCAUCAAGCGUGCGAAAUUCGCGGCCUUUGCCAUUGCAGUAGAUGCAAACAUUCCCUACGGCGAUCUUCUCGCCGAGAUAGGUGAUGAGCCCUGCGAGGUCCACGAGGUACUCCGCGUCGGGGAUGAAGAAUGAGUGUGCGACGGACAUGUGCGAAAGAUUGUCCCCCAAUGAGUCUGAUGCAUGAGUACAAAACAGACAUUGAGUGAGCUGCAAGCGGGAUCGGGCAGCGGCAAUCUUCUCUUCAAUAGUACGAGUCACUUCUUCCUCGGUAGCGUUAGCGUCGACUGAGAGAGUUACGGACGCCAUUUUCUCGGUGACAGCUGCCACAGGAGCUGCUGCGGCCCCAGCAUCUGCAGAGACCGAGGAAGCGUCGGCUACUUGGAUAGGCUCCUCUUUGGGAGUAGGAGGACGCAAAGCAUGCUGAGCCGCCUUCACCUCAUUUUCCUUGUGCUUCUUGGAGUUGACGUGCGAGCGAUAUGCGCCCUCAGUUGUGUAUGUUUUGCUGGAGAAGUACAUG